UCUGACAGGCUGAGGAAUCGCGUCCACGUUUCACUCCAGAUCGUCCCGUCUUGCAGGGGACAGGGCAGGGAAAUGGCUGUGAUGGAGCCAGCUCAGAUGCCGGUGACCUUCGAGGAGGUGGCUCUGUAUUUCACCCAGGGUCAGGGGGCUCUGUUGGACUCUGCUCAGAGAGCCCUCUACAGGGACGUCAUGCAGGAGAACUACGAGACGGUGACCUCGCUGGGAUUCCCCCUUCCCAAACCUGACCUGAUCAUGCGGCUGGAACAAGGGGAAGAGCCAUGGGUGCCCGAUCUUCAGGCCUGUGAGAAAAAAGAGAUCCCGAGAGGCUCCCACACAGCAGGUGAUGAGAGAGUGAGUGAGAAGAAGGAGGGGAAUCAACAGCAGGAAGUUUCAUGGGACGGGGAACCGCAGGGGACCUUUGUGGGAAGAACUGAAGGGAUUUUUUCCCAGUACUUGGCACAGGGAGAAGCCUGGGGAAAUUGGCAGAGGUCAAAGAGGCUGCUGGGAAACCACUCAAGGGAGCAAAUGGAUGAAUCUAUUAUAUAUGGGGAAGGACACAGGAAUCCCACAGCCCGGCAGACAACCCCCAAGGAAGACAAACACUAUGAAUGCCUCGGUUAUGGGAAAGGAUUUGUUCUAAGAUCACAGCUUGCUACACUUCAGGCAAUAAAUAUUGGAGAGAAAACACUUCAAUGCUUGGACUGUGGGGAAAACUAUAAUAAGCACUCACAACUUACUAACCAUGGGAGAAGCCAAAUGGGAGAGAAACCCUCUCAGUGCCUUGAGGGCAGGAAUUGUUUGAAUUGGAAGUCAGCACUGAUUACACAUCAGAAAAUCCGCACAGACGACAGACCCCAUAAGUGCUUAGACUGUGGAAAAAGUUUCAUACAGAGGUCAGUCCUUGUCAGACAUCAGGCAAUCCACACUGGAGAGAGACCCCAUAAGUGCAUAGACUGUGGAAAAAGUUUCAUACAGAGGUCAGACCUUGUCAGACAUCAGGCAGUCCACACUGGAGAGAGACCCCAUAAGUGCAUAGACUGUGGGAAAAGUUUCAUACGGAGAUCACACCUUCUUAUACAUCAGGCAAUCCACACCGGAGAGAGACCCCACAAGUGCUUAGACUGUGGGAAAAAUUUCAUACAGAGAUCACACCUUCUUAUACAUCAGGCAAUCCACACUGGAGAGACACCCCAUAAGUGCUUAGACUGUGGAAAAAGUUUCAUACAGAAGUCAACCCUUGUUGUACAUCAGGCAAUCCACACUGGAGAGAGACAUAAGUGCUUAGACUGUGGGAAGAGUUUCACACAGAGGUCAAACCUUCUUAUACAUCAGGCAAUCCACACUGGAGAGAGACCCCAUAAGUGCUUAGACUGUGGGAAAAGUUACAUACGGAGGUCAGACCUUGUUAAACAUCAGGCAAUCCACACAGGAGAGAGACCCCAUAAGUGCUUGGAGUGUGGAAAAAGUUUCAUACGGAGGUCAGACCUUGUUAAUCAUCAGGUAAUCCACACAGGAGAGAGACCCCAUAAGUGCUUAGACUGUGGGAAAAAUUUCACACAGAGGUCAAACCUUCUUAUGCAUCAGGCAAUCCACACAGGAGAGAGACCCUAUAAGUGCUUAGACUGUGGGAAGAGUUUCAUACAGAGGUCAAACUUUCUUAUACAUCAGGCAAUCCACACAGGAGAGAGACCCCAUAAGUGCUUAGUCUGUGGGAAAAGUUUCAUACGGAGGUCAGACCUUGUUAAUCAUCAGGCAAUCCACACAGGAGAGAGACCCCAUAAGUGCUUAGACUGUGGGAAGAGUUUCACAGUGAGGUCAAACCUUGUUAAACAUCAGGCAAUCCACACAGGAGAAAGACCCCAUAAGUGCUUAGACUGUGGGAAGAGUUUCACACAGAAGUCAAACCUUCUUAUACAUCAGGCAAUCCACACUGGAGAGAGACCCCAUAAGUGCUUAGACUGUGGGAAAAGUUUCAUACAGAGGUCAAACCUUGUUGAUCAUCAGGCAGUCCACACAGGAGAGAGACCCCAUAAGUGCUUAGACUGUGGGAAGAGUUUCAUACAGAGGUCAAACCUUCUUAUACAUCAGGCAAUCCACACUGGAGAGAGACCCCAUAAGUGCUUAGACUGUGGGAAAAGUUUCAUACGGAGGUCAGACCUUGUUAAUCAUCAGGCAAUCCACACAGGAGAGAGACCCCAUAAGUGCUUGGACUGUGGGAAGAGUUUCAUACGGAGGUCUGACCUUCUUAUACAUCAGGCAAUCCACACUGGAGAGAGACCCCAUAAGUGCUUAGACUGUGGGAAAAGUUUCAGACAGAGGUCCCACCUUGUUAAACAUCAAGCAAUUCAUACAAGAGGGAUACCAUAAGACUCUCGGAAAGGUUUCAGAAACAGAUCAGCCCUUCUAAAGAUCAGGCAAUCCACACACAAGAGACCCCCAUAAGUGCUUAGACUAUGGAAAAAUGUUUCAAAUAUAUGUCAUCCCUUGUUUUACAUCAGAGAAUCCACACAGAGGAGUGACCCCACAAGUGCUUAGCCUGUGAAAGACCUUUUAAAUGGAGGAAAGAACUUGUUUCACAUCAGGCAAUCCACACAAGAAACACACCCAAUUGAGUGUUUGGACCAUGUGAAAAGUUUCACACAAAGAUUCAAUCUUAUUACACUCAGAGGAUCCACCCAGGAGAGAGACCCCAUCAGUGCUCAGAUUGGAAAAAUGUUCCUACAGUGGUCAGACCUUGUUAAACAUCAGCUAAUCCACACAGGAGAGAGAGACCCCAUCAGUGCUUAGGCUGUGAGGAAAGUUUUAUAUGGAGCAGCCCAUGUUUUACAUCAGAGAAUCCGCACAGGAGACCCCAUAAGUGCUUAGACGAUGGAGAAUGUUUCAUAUCAUGGUCAAGUGCUUGGACCAUGGGAAAGGUUUCAGAAACACCUCAGCCCUACAGAACAUAAGCCAAUCCACACAGGAGAGAGGUCCCAUAACUGCUUAGACUGUGGGAAACAUUGCAGAAACUGAUCAGUCCUUGUUUUACAUCAGAAAAUCCAUAAGACUCCAUAAGUGCUUGGACUGUGGCAAAAGUUGUACACAGAGAUCACACCUCAUUAAACACGGGAGAAUUCACACAUGAUCUAAACUUCUGUGACACCUGGCCCAAAAGAGUUAAGAACCUUGCAGGCUAAUUGACCCAGAUUCAACCUUUAGAGACAUGUUAAAAGAGUGUGUAAAUGGUAUUUGGGGCCAUUCAAAGUAAUAGAGACAAGCACUUUGAAAUGUAAACUGGUGUUGUUAAAAAACUGGAAGAAGAUAGUAGGGCUGUUGAUUAAUUGCAGUUAACUCGUGUGAUUAACCCCAAAAAAUUCAUCGUAGUUAGAAAAAUUAAUCUCGAUGAAUCGCAUUGGUAAACAAUAGAAUACCAAUUGGAAUUUGUUAAAUGUUUUUGGAUGUUUUUCUACGUUUUCAUAUCUAUUGAUUUCGAUCACAACAAAGAAUAGAAAGUGCACAGUGCUCACUUUAUAUUAUUUUUAUUACAAAUAUUUGUACUGUAAACAUGCACAACAAAAACAGUAUUUUUCAGUUCCCCUCAUACAAGUGCUGCCAUGCAAUCUCUUUAUCAGGAAAGUGUAACUUAGAAACACAGAUGAUUUUAAUUAUAUAAGUGCGCUCCAAAAUAAAACAAAUAAAAACUCAGUGCUACUUCUUUUUCUGCCACUCGCUAUGCCAAACAAGUUUGUUUACAUUUUCGAGAGAGAAUGCUGCUUUGCUUCUAAUUUAUGAUGUCACCGGAAAGUGUGAGAAGGCGUUCCCAUGGCAUGUUUGUAGCUGGCAAUGCAGGUAUUUAUGUGCAAGAUAUGCUAAACAUGCCUAUGUCCGUUCAUGCUUCGGCCACCAUUCCAGUGGACGUGCUUCCAUGCUGACAGUGGCCAUUUAAAAAAAAAAAAAAGCAUUAAUUACAUUUUUGACUGAACUCCUUGAAGGAGACUUGUAGGUCCCCUGUUCUGUUUUACACACAUUCUGCCAAAUAUUUCGUAAUAUAGAAGUCACAGAUAAUGACCUAGCAUAUGACGGGACACUUUCACUGCAGAUUUCACAAAACGCAAAGAAAGUAACAAUCUGAGAUUUCUAAAGAUAGCGACAGCAUUCGGCCCAAGGUUUAAGAAUCUGAAGUGCCUUCCAAAAUCUGAGAGGGACGAGGUGUGGAGCAUGCUGUCAGAAGUCUUUAAAGAGGAACACCCUGAUUGGGAAAUUACAGAACUUGAAUCACCAAAAUAGAAAAUCAACCUUCUGCUGGUGGCAUCUGACUCAGUUGAUGAAAAUGAGCACGUGUCGGUCCGGUCUGCUUUGGAUCAUUAUCAAUUAGAACCCAUCAUUAGCAUGAAUUCAUGUCCUCUGUAAUGGUGGUUCCAGCGGGAAGGGACACAUGACUCUUUAGUGCAUCUGGCACAUAAAUAUCUUGUGAGGCCGGCUGCAACAGUGCCAUGAGAAUGCCUGUUUUCACUUUCAGGUGACCUGGUAAACAAGAAGUGGGCAGCAUGAUCUCCUGCAAAUUGUAACCAAACUUGUUUUUCUGAGGGACUGACUCAGCAGGACUGAGUGAAGUUGUAGGCUCUAAAAUUGUAGGCUCUAAAAUUUUACAUUGUUUAAUUUUUGAAUGCAGUUAUUUUUUUGUACAUAAUUCUACAUUUGUAAGUUCACCUUUCAUGAUAAAGAGAUUGCACUAAAGUAAUUGCAAUAGGUGAAUUAAAAAUUGUUUAUUUUGUUUUUUACAGUGCAAGUAUUUGUAAUAAAAAUAUAAAGUGCUCACUGUACACUUUGUAUUCUGUGAAAACAACGAGGAGUCCGUGUGGAACCUUAGAGACUAACACAUUUCUUUGGGCGUAAACUUUUGUGGGCUAUAACCCACUUCAUCAGAUGCGUGGAGUGUAUUCUGUGUCACAAUUGAAAUCAAUAUAUUUGAAAAUGUAUAAAACAUCCAAAAUAUUUAAAUAAAUGGUAUUCUAUUAUUGUUUAACAGCAUGAUUAAUCACAAUUAAUUUUUUUAAUCGCUUGACUGCCCUAGCAGACAGUAAUUGUAGAAGUCUCUGUUUACCUAUAUCUUGUUACAGAUUAACAGUGUAACCAAGGGGUUCCUGUCUAGGACUGUAUCUUGUUAAUUCAGAAGUCAAAAGGAAAUAUUAACAUUUAAAUGAAACUUGGGUGUAAUAAUGUCAUUGUAUAUAUAUCUCUUUUUAAAGUUUGUGGUAAACUGUCUGUGAAUGGCUUUAUGGAUAAUUACCUUAUAUUAAUCCAUGUAGUUUUAUUACCUGUGAUGUUUGGGAAAUAGGAGGUUACUUCCAAAACCUAUUGUUCACCCAAGGACUGCCUGCUGUCAAGAGGCUGCAAAAACGUCUAUAUAAACUCUUGGGACCUGAUCCGUUUCUCUCAGAUCUUCUUAAGCUUUAUUCGUGGGAAGUUUGAGUCGUAAGACUGAGAUCUCCAGUCCUCUCUGGACCGCCCUGAUAUUGAACAUUUGGACAUUGGACUAGAACGUGAUGAAAUUGUUAGGCUAUAGAUAUUCAAGCCUGUCUGUAAAGGCCUAUACUUUAAGAAUUUAGGGAUAUGUUUAUUAUUUAGCUAGUUAUAGAGGUAUAAAAGAAAGAAUCUGUGUAAGGGCCUUCUCUGACCUUGACGGUCUGAGGCCCUGUUCUUAGGCUAAGGCCUUUGGCCAAGCAGCAGAGGCAGCCAUAAGCUGGGAAGCGAACGGUCACCUCCUCACAUUCCAAACUAGUUGAAAUAAAGCAAUCUGGGGAUAAAAAGGUGAUCCGAUCUAUCACCUCCAGAGGAAGGGAAGAGCCUAGAAGAUGUAAAAGGAAAUUUAGUUUGAUAGUUUUCUGUCUGGUAAGAACUCACUUAUCAAUAGAUACAGCUGGGAAACCCUUAUGUCUUUAUAGAUGUAGUUGUGAAAUCCUCACUUUUGUAUUGUUUUGUCAUUAUAGUUCCCAUUUUGCUAUUGUUUAUUUGCAUGGUCUCUGUGUGGUUCUGUGAUUGUUUCUGUCUGCUGUUUAAUUAAUUUUGCUGGGUGUAAACUAAUUAAGGUGGUGGGAUAUAAUUGGCUAGCUAAUCAUCUUACAAUAUGUUAGGAUUGGUUAGGAAAAUUUCAGUAGACUGACUGGUUAAGGUAUAGCUAAGAAUAUUACAUAUAAAUUAGGGGCAAACAGGAAGUAAGUUGGGAUUCAAAAAUAAGGAAAAGGAACUUGGAUUUAAGCUUGCUGGAAGGUCACCCCAAUAAACAUCGAAUUGUUUGCACCUUCA